GUGUAUUCACGCACACGUCUAUGUGCAUUGGGUCCUUCUGCAAAACACAUUUCCUGCUGUGGGCCAUAAAAGUACAUAUGUUUCUGGAUGCUCCGCAUAAGGACUCUCCCAACCCAUGUUUCUGAAGAGGCUUUAACAAACUGCCCUAGCUGGGAAAGACAGGGUCCCUCCACCCCCACUCCCCAGAUAAGCCACCACGGUUGAAAGCUCAGACUGCUGGCUGAGGAUGGGAGAAGAAACCAUGACCACACAGUUCCCGUGGUGACCAGCCCAGCCCUUCGCUCGUUGCUGGCGUUAUAAAAACCCAAGACCGGAAAAUAGCAGCAGCAUCUGCCUGGGGCAGCCUCUCUGAGAAGAUGCAUCAUCUGCCUCUCACCCUGCUACUCCUUCUCCUAUGCUGCAGAGCUGAAGCUGGGGAGAUCAUCGGGGGCACAGAGUGCAAGCCACACUCCCGCCCUUACAUGGCCCACUUGGAAAUCAUCACUCCCCAGAACCAUCUGAUGUCUUGUGGCGGUUUCCUGAUAAGACGGAACUUCGUGCUGACAGCUGCUCACUGUGCAGGAAGGUUCAUAAUGGUCACCCUCGGAGCCCAUAACAUACGAAAGAAAGAAGACACGUGGCAGAAGCUUGAGGUCAUAAAACAAUUCCCUCACCCAAAAUACAAUGAAUUUACUAUUCUCCAUGACAUCAUGCUACUGAAGUUGAAGGAGAAAGCCAACCUGACCCUGGCCGUGGGGACACUCCCCCUCCCACCCCAGUUCAACUUCAUCCCACCCGGGAGAAUGUGCCAGGUGGCUGGCUGGGGAAGAAGACAAGUGAAUGGAUCAGGCUCUGACACUCUGCAAGAGGUGAAGCUGAGGCUCAUGGAUCCCCAGGCCUGUAGACACUACCUAGAUUUUGACCACAACCUCCAGCUGUGUGUUGGCAAUCCCAGGAAGACAAAAACUGCAUUUAAGGGAGAUUCAGGGGGCCCUCUUCUGUGUGCUGGGGUGGCCCAGGGUAUUGUCUCCUAUGGACAGGAGAAUGCAAAGCCCCCUGCUGUCUUCACCCGAAUCUCCCACUACCGGCCCUGGAUCAAUGAGGUCCUGAAGGAGAAUUAAGCCUGGACGGAGCCUGGGCCAGCCCAAGGGGAAAUCUGGAACCAGACCUGAGCAGGCUCUCUGUGCCACUUACUCCAGAGCUGCCUCUGGUCUCUGCUGAGGCCCCGCCACAUCCCUCAGACCCAAGAAUCCUCCUCCAGGUCACAGUGUCCUCAGUAAACCUCAAUAAAGACCCAGCUUCCAGA